AUGGCGACGCAGAUUCUCCGUCAGCGUUGCGCAGCUGGGUCUACGCUCACGCGAUCGCCUCUCAGGCGCUCUGGGCUAUGGUCUCGCGGCCUAGCUACAGUCACAUCCUCAUCUACAGCUUCCUCUCGCUCUCCGCCAUAUCCCAAGAUCCUCAGCAAAUUAAACGAGGUUAGGAGGGUGCUGGGCGCGUCGAGACCGUUGACUCUCGCCGAGAAGAACCUAUACUCCCAUCUCGACAAUGUUGAAGAGUCACUCCUCACGGAUACGCAGAAUGGCAAGCAAAUACGAGGCCAGGCCAACUUGAAGCUCAAGCCAGACAGAGUUGCUAUGCAAGAUGCUUCUGCACAGAUGGCCCUUCUACAAUUCAUGUCCUGUGGUCUCCCGUCGACAGCAGUACCGGCUAGCAUCCACUGUGACCAUAUGAUCGUGGGAGAGAAAGGUGCUGAUGUCGACCUUCCAGCGUCCAUUAAGGGGAACAAAGAGGUCUUUGACUUUCUAGAGUCCGCUGCAAAGAAGUAUGGAAUCGAAUUCUGGCCUCCGGGUGCUGGAAUCAUCCACCAGACUGUGUUAGAAAACUAUGCUGCACCUGGGCUGUUGAUGCUGGGAACCGACAGCCAUACACCCAACGGCGGUGGUUUGGGUGCCAUUGCCAUUGGCGUUGGCGGUGCUGAUGCAGUUGAUGCUCUCGUAGAUGCUCCUUGGGAGCUCAAGGCUCCUAAGAUUCUAGGUGUACGCCUUGAAGGCGCUCUCAGCGGCUGGGCAUCUCCAAAGGACAUCAUUCUUCACCUUGCGGGCAAGCUUACCGUCCGUGGUGGAACUGGAUUCAUUAUUGAAUAUCACGGCCCAGGCGUGGAAACGCUCAGCUGCACUGGAUUAGCUACUAUUUGUAACAUGGGCGCAGAAGUUGGUGCUACUACAUCACUCUUCCCAUUCUCGCCCAGCAUGAUACCAUAUCUACAAGCUACGGACCGUGCCGAAAUAGCCAAAUCUGCAUCGGAAAUCGCAUCCUCUGGGCCCCAGAACCUGCUUCGAGCGGACCCAGGUGCCGAAUACGACCAGCUUAUAACCAUUGACCUGUCCUCUCUGGAGCCACAUAUUAAUGGGCCCUUCACCCCGGACCUUUCCGUGCCACUUUCAGCUUUUGCUGAUACGGUUCGUGAAAAGAAAUGGCCGGAGACUUUUGGUGCUGGCUUGAUUGGCAGUUGUACCAACAGCUCUUACGAGGACAUGACCCGUUCGGAGGACCUUGUCAAGCAAGCUACCGCAGCCGGGCUCCGUCCAAAGGCUGAUUUCUUCAUCACUCCUGGAAGCGAGCAAAUUCGAGCAACUCUAGAGCGAGAUCAAACUCUAUCCACAUUUUCUUCUGCUGGCGGUACCGUACUUGCAAAUGCCUGUGGCCCAUGUAUCGGGCAAUGGAAACGUACAGAUGGAGUGAAGAAGGGUGAAUCGAACGCUAUCCUUACAUCCUACAACCGGAACUUCCGAGGUCGAAAUGAUGGUAACACUGCAACGAUGAACUUUCUCGCCUCUCCAGAGAUCGUUACGGCCAUGUCCUAUGCUGGAUCGACUACCUUUAACCCGAUGACUGACUCCUUAACCACCCCUGGCGGCGAGUCAUUCAAAUUCCGUGCUCCCGUAGGCUCUGACCUUCCUUCGGCCGGGUUUGCCGCUGGAAACCCAGACUUCCAACCCUCCACUGCUACCCCAGACCCAUCCGCUGAGGUUGUAGUAUCUCCUACAUCCGAUCGUCUCGCUCUCCUUGAACCAUUUGAGCCAUUCCCAACUAAGGACCUUUCCUCUCUUCGUGUCCUCUAUAAAGUCAAGGGCCAGUGUACUACCGAUACCAUCUCUGCAGCUGGACCAUGGCUUAAGUAUAAAGGUCAUCUCCCUAAUAUCUCAGCCAACACCCUGAUUGGGGCCAUCAAUGCUGCUACAGGCGAAACCAACGUUGCCUACGAUCUUGACGGCAAGACCUAUUCCAUUCCAGAACUGGCUGAGAAAUGGAAGAAUGAAGGCAGCCAGUGGCUCGUUGUGGCUGAAGAUAACUACGGAGAAGGAAGUGCACGAGAACACGCCGCAUUGCAGCCUCGAUACCUAGGCGGAAGAAUAAUCGUUGCGAAAUCCUUUGCCAGAAUCCACGAAACAAACCUGAAGAAACAAGGUGUUGUGCCGUUGACAUUCAAGGACAAGGCUGAUUACGAUAAGAUCGAUGCUUGUGAUGAGGUCGCUACUGUCGGCCUUUGGGAUCUACUGAACAACGGUGGUCAAGGUGAGGUCACCCUGAAAGCGACCAAGAAAUCUAACGGACAGACUAUCGACAUUCCUGUUAAGCAUACAUUGAGCAAGGACCAAUGUGGCUUCAUCCUCGCUGGAAGCGCGUUGAACCUUCUUGCAGCCAAAUCCCGAUAG